UUGGUGUGCUUCGUGUGUACACCUUUAACGUUCCUCGUCCUCCCGGAUCCUAGCCAGUCUAGAGCCGGCGUGAAGACAGUGAGCAUCUCGGCCUUGUAUCGCACUACGACUCCUCUCCUCUCUCGUCCAGUUGGCAAUCGUCCUUUGGACCUAGCACCGUCGUCGUCGCCAGUCGCAUUCUCCUCCCCAGCCCGGACGAAAUUCCGAUCGAUCGACAAUGCCGGCCGAAGAGUUCCUCGGGAAACAGUACAAACUGUUCAGCAGCGAGAAUUUCGACGAAUUCAUGAAGGCGCUCGGCGUGGGCGUGAUGACCCGUAAAAUGGGCAGCUGCGUGAGCCCCGUCGUUGAAUUGACUGAGGACAACGGCCUCUACACCUUGAAGACGACCAGCACGUUCAAAAGCGGCGAUAUCAAAUUCAAGCUCGGCGAGGAGUUCGAGGAGGAGACUCCGGACGGCAGGAAAGUGAAAAGCGUCUGCACCUUGGACGGGAACAAGCUGAUGCAAGUGCAGAAGGGCGAGAAGCAGACCACGAUCGAGAGGGAGUUCAUGCCGACGGAAAUGAAGGCGAUCAUGAAAGUCGACGAUGUUGUCUGCACGAGGAUGUACAAACUCCAAGAGUAAAAGUAUUUUCUCAACGAAGAAAUGACAUUUUUUUCGGAUCAACGAUGAAUUUAUCAACGUUCAGAAGUUAUCGUUAAAAGUCAAGGAAUGAUACAUUGUUUUCGUUUGUAAAUUGUAAAAGAAAAUGACAGAGGGUCGACGUAGAAACGUAUAUAUAUAUAUAUAAUGUUGCGACUACUAUUCUAAAGUGAACAAAAUGCGCGCGCACACACACACACGCACACACACUGUUUCGAUAGCGUGUAUAUUCGUAUUUAUAUACCGUUGAUCAUGAUUAUAUAACGUCUCGAGAGAUCCAACAGUUUAUAUAUUUUUUACGCUUGUUUAAAUGUAAUUCAAUGAUUUGCUUUUUGCACAAACGGAUUCUUUAUAAAUAAAGAGAGAUUGACGUGACUACCA